CCACUCUGGUGAUUCCAUUCGCGCACCGACAAGAAUUCACAUGUAGCAUGUCAAAGAAUCUCAUCGCGUCGUGGAUCGUGAAGCUCUUCGCAUGAUGCAACCAAACAAGACAUUCACGAAGUCGAGUCUUCGAGUGGGACUGGAAAUGUGAGUGUCCAGAUAGAUCCCACUCGCUGCUUUCGAUCGAGGUGGGCUGUGGCAUGAAGAAGGCCGAGGCAGCAAGAGAGAGGUCUUCCUCCUCCUCCUCGAUCUCAAUGUGGAGCGUGGCAUGGAACCUCCUCCUAGUGGCUUCGAUCGUCAGCACCAAUCUCAUGGCGCUCUACAGCCUCUCCGUGUCACGGGGGGUCAGGCAAGAUAAUCUCCUAUCGCCCUCUUCCACUCCACUCCUCGCAGAGAUAGCAUCCCUGAGAGAAGAGAUCCGGCAGGCACUGACAGCGGCGCGGACAAGACCAAGCGCUGGAUCCAGAUCUCUGCUCAUGAGCUCGGAGCUUCUCGAGUACACGGAGGAGCGCAGCCUACCCCUGGGAAGAAACCCAACACACGGCGGCGAGACGAUGGUAUCGCCCAUCGGCCAUGCCUGCUUCCAACACAUGGCUCUCCUCGACACCUACAUGAACUACACCGUCGGGAGCCUCUGCCCGGACGACUGGAACAUCGCCCAAGCUCUCAUGGUGCGCGGCUGCGAGCCCCUGCCGCGGCGCCGCUGCUUUGCGCGCUCGCCACCCUCCUACUCCACGCCGCUGCCGCUGCCGGGCUGCCGCUGGAGCACCCCGCCCGACGAUACCAUCCGCUGGAGCCACUACACUUGCAAGAGCUUCGACUGCCUCAACCGGCGCGCCAAGGAGAGCAAGGUGUUCGUCGACUGCGCGGAUUGCUUCGAGCUCACGGGCGCCGAGAGGACGAGGUGGGUGGUGCCGCGAGGCAAGAACGACGUGAUCACCAUCAAGGACCUGGUGGCGCUCAAGCGCGGGAGCCUCCGGAUCGGGCUAGACAUCGGUGGCGGCACCGCCAGCUUUGCCGCCAGGAUGGCCGAGCACAACGUUACCAUCGUCACCACCUCGCUCAACCUCAACGGGCCUUUCAACGAGUUCAUCGCGCUGCGCGGCCUCGUCCCGAUCUUCCUCACCGUCGGCCAGCGCCUCCCCUUCUUCGACAACACGCUGGAUCUCGUCCACAGCAUGCACGUCCUCAGCAGCUGGAUCCCCACGCGCACUCUCGAGUUCAUCCUCUUCGACAUCGACCGGGUGCUGCGUCCCGGAGGGAUCCUGUGGCUGGAUCACUUCUUUUGCACCCAGGACCAGCUCCACACCCUCUACGCCCCCAUGGUGGAGCGGCUGGGAUACACCAAGCUCAAGUGGGUGGCCGGCCUCAAGCUCGACAAGAACGGCAUCAAGAACCACGAAGUCUACCUCUCGGCAUUGCUCGAGAAGCCCGUGAGAUCUUCCUCUUCUUCUUCCUGAGUCGUAAACCAUCCUGACCAUCUUUUAUUCGUGCCA